CCUCCCCAUUGUUGCGGCGGCUGGGUCCUAGGAAAUCGGAAUCGCUGGGGUUCCGCUCGCUACCUGCGGAAAGGGCGCGGGGCUGCUGAGCAAUGGAAGAAUUAAUUGUUGAGCUGCGCCUGUUCCUUGAGCUGCUGGACCAUGAAUAUCUAACGUCAACAGUCAGGGAGAAAAAGGCAGUGAUAACUAAUAUUCUCCUGAGGAUACAGUCAUCAAAAGGCUUUGAAGUAAAAGACCAUGCUCAGAAACAAGAAGUUACCAACAGUUUGCCGGCCCCGCCGCAGAUGCCGCUGCCCGAGAUCCCUCAGCAGUGGCUGCCACCAGACAGUGGACCUCCACCAUUACCAACAUCUUCUCUCCCAGAAGGCUACUAUGAAGAAGCUGUACCACUGAGUCCUGGAAAAGCUCCUGAGUAUAUCACUUCAAAUUAUGAUUCAGAUGCAAUGAGCAGCUCGUAUGAAUCAUAUGAUGAAGAAGAAGAAGAUGGGAAAGGGAAGAAGACGAGACAUCAGUGGCCAUCAGAUGAAGCCUCCAUGGAUCUUGUGAAAGAUGCCAAAAUCUGUGCUUUUCUCUUAAGAAAGAAACGGUUCGGACAGUGGACCAAGCUGCUUUGCGUCAUCAAAGACACCAAACUACUGUGCUACAAAAGUUCCAAGGACCAGCAACCCCAUAUGGAACUGCCACUGCAUGGGUGCAGCAUCACCUAUAUUCCCAAAGACAGCAAAAAGAAGAAGCAUGAGCUGAAAAUCACACAUCAAGGCACAGAUGCCCUUGUCCUGGCUGUUCAGAGCAAAGAACAAGCAGAACAGUGGCUCAAGGUUAUAAAAGAAGUCUACACCAAUUGCAGUGGGGCAGUCGAUUCAGAUGGACCUUCCUCUAGUUCCCCAGUGCACAAGACAGAGCUAGAGAAGAAACUGUCCUCGGAGAGACCGAGUUCAGAUGGGGAAGGAGGUGCAGAAAAUGGAAUUACCAUGUGCAAUGGAAAAGAACAAGUUAAAAGGAAAAAAAGUUCAAAGUCAGAAGCCAAGGGGACAGUGACAAAAGUCACUGGGAAAAAGAUUACCAAGAUCAUUGGUUUAGGAAAGAAAAAACCGUCAACAGAUGAACAGACCUCGUCAGCUGAGGAAGAUGUGCCCACCUGUGGCUAUCUAAACGUGCUCUCGAAUAACCGCUGGCGGGAACGUUGGUGCAGAGUGAAAGAUAAUAAGCUCAUUUUCCACAAGGACAGGACAGAUCUGAAGACCCAUAUUGUUUCCAUCCCUCUCCGCGGCUGUGAAGUGAUUCCAGGCUUGGAUUCCAAACACCCCUUGACAUUCCGUUUGCUUCGAAAUGGGCAGGAAGUCGCUGUACUAGAGGCUUCAUCAUCAGAAGAGAUGGGCCGAUGGAUUGGAAUAUUAUUGGCAGAAACAGGGUCAUCCACUGAUCCCGGCGCACUACAUUAUGAUUAUAUUGAUGUGGAAAUGACUGCAAAUGUCAUCCAAACAGCCAAACAGACAUUCUGCUUUAUGAACAGACGUGGUAUCUCUACAAAUCCCUAUCUCGGCAGUGCGUCCAAUGGAUAUGCUCACCCCAGUGGGAUGGCACUUCAUUAUGAUGAUGUCCCUUGCAUAAAUGGAUCGUGGGAACAAGAAGAUGGCUUUCUGACUUCCCGUAGCAGAAUCUUGGGAGAAGAAGUGCUUUAUGAUAACGCUGGGCUGUAUGAUAACUUGCCGUCUCCAAAAAUCUUUGCCCGCUACCCGCCUGCUGAAAGAAAGGCUUCUAGAUUAUCUACUGACAAACUGUCUGCUAACCAUUACAAACAUCCUGUCUCCUCCAAUCUGUCUUCUGCUCAGUCUGUCACUAAUACCUCUUCAGUGGGGAGGGUAUCUGUCGGGCUGAACUCUCAGUUCAAGAGCAAGAAACCUCCUAUAGCAUCUAAUGGGGUCCCAGGGAAAGGGAGAAAUGUCAACAGUCCACAAAAGAAAACGGACUCAUCGGCUACUGUCAAACGGACAGCAUCAAAUGCUGACCAGUACAAAUAUGGUAAGAACCGUGUAGAAGCAGAUGCCAAGAGGCUGCAGACCAAAGAAGAGGACUUGCUAAGGAAGAAGGAAACUCUGCGAAACCGUCUGGCUCAGCUCCGAAAAGAAAGAAAAGAUCUUAGGGCAGCCAUUGAAGUGAAUGCUGGCAGGAAGACCCAAGUUAUUCUAGAAGAUAAACUGAAGAAGCUGGAGGAGGAGUGUAAACAGAAGGAGACAGAGCGUGUCAACCUGGAGUUGGAACUCACAGAGGUCAAAGAAAGCUUGAAGAAGGCCUUGGCAGGGGGGAUCACACUGGGCCUAGCAAUUGAACCCAAAUCUGGAACCUCCAGUCCCCAGUCUCCAGUUUUUAGGCACCGAACUUUGGAAAACUCUCCCAUCUCAAGUUGUGAUACCAGCGACACUGAAUGUUCAAUGCCAGUGAACAGUGCAGCAGUUCUAAAGCGACACCCACCGACAUCUGGAAACUCUCCUUGCCGAGGUCAUGUCCUGAGGAAGGCAAAGGAAUGGGAAUUGAAAAAUGGGACAUAAAUAGAAUGGUGGAAAAAGUGCACACCUUCUAGAAGGCCUUACCAACCAAGACUCAGAUGAAUAGGAGACUCAACUCUAAAUAUGACGUCAAGCAGUAUAGCAUCAGAGAUUUUGUAAUUCUGCUCAGGUGCCAGUAACUUGACUCUCACUCCACUUGUAUCUUUCUACUGUAUAUGGUGCCCUUUUAAAAAUAAUUAUUUACUUAUGAAACUCAUUUCCAAGUUUGUUAAAAGAAGAAAACAAAAAAAAAAUCACACACACACAAAGUAUCCUUGGGAAGAAAAAAAGAACAACAAUAAUUUACAGAAAAAGAGCAAAAGAAUGGUAAUGGAAAAGGUUAUGUCUUUUAAACUAAUUAAAUAAUGACUUUUAAACUGCCUUGGCUCAAAUUGAACCGGAUCACAGGAGUGAAGCUGGAUGGGCUCCAGGCAAAAUUCUUGGAUUGAUAUCUGGGGGAGUUUUAUAGUAGGACUUCCACAGGUGUGGAUGGCUCUAGAUUUGGGUAGAGCCAGGAUCCGAUCCAUCAUGGAUGAUCUUAUUUGAAAAAGAGCGUCAGGAAGCAUGUUGAUCAAUGUGAUAGGACUGCUGGCAUGAGCUGAAUGUCUGGUUCAGGAGAUCCCUCUCCUCCCCUUCCCCACCCUUAUCAUGCUCUUUCCCUCUAGUCAUUAGAGAUUUUGGAAUGAAAUAACUGUGAUGUGAAACAAUUCUUCCUCUCUUUCCAAUUUUUUCCCCACCUUUGGACAGAUGCUUUUCUCACUGGGACAUGAAAAGCUGCCAUUUUUAGCUGCAUUUUUUUUUUUAAAUAAUGUUUCUCUUUAUUGUGUAUUGUAUAUGUGUGUGUUUUUCUAAAAGCACUUGGCAUCUUCAGAGAUCUUUUGUAUCAUAGUUUGUAUUUUGUACUGCUUUUGAAAGGCAGCAAAGUGCUAUUAAUUCUUUGAUUCAUUAGUUUGAUCUCCUCCGCCCCACCCCCAUAUUCCUUUUUCCUCUCCCUCCUGUCUCUCAAAUCUUUAUCUUUUCCAUAUUCCCUUUCCCUAAGAGCUUGUCACUAGGAGUGAUUCUGACAGAAGAGAAGCAAGUUUGAUUUACUACCUGAUGAAGUUGCAAAUGUCACAGCUUAUCAGCCCUGAUGGAUUUAGUUGGAUCAAUCUUUUGAUGAGUUCUGACCCUGGGAAGAAAGUAGGUUUGGGACACUUCCAGGCUCUUCUCUUUGAUUUAUUGAUCUAGAGCCUUAAUGUAGUGCCGGACUUGGCUGUGUUUUUUUUUUUCCUCCCCAGCAGCAGACUUACUGGUCUUUUAAGAUGAUGUUAUUUUCCACAGUUAAUUUUUUUUUUUAUUUAAUUUCAUUUUUGUGGAGAGGGGGGUGGGGUUAUUGCAUCAAAGAGAGAAAAGGGCUAACAAUGAUGGAGAAGAUGGCAGAUCUGAGAACUUGAUUUCUCCUAAUAUACCAGUAGGAAGAUUACUCAGGAAAUAGACUGUGAAAACUGGAAAGGACAUCAUCCAUUUUACAGUGAAGGAAACUGAGUCCAAGAAAGUGGAAGCAAGAUCAUAUAGCUAUUAAAAGGCUGAUAUAGACUAGAACUGGGAUCUUCUAUCUCCUAAUCCAUUGUUUUCUUUCCCAUACUGUUGCCUCCCUUAGCUCCCUAGGGUUCCAGCAGUGUCAUUGUCCUGAAUUACCUUUUUUUUUUUUGGGGGGGGGAGGAUAAUAUGCUGGCUGACUAACCAGGAAAAGUCAGCUGUAGAAAUACACCCUACUACGAACGGGCCAGUUCUUUGUCCCUAAGAGUGAAUAUAGUGAGGCACUUCAGUGAGCUGAGAGUUUUGUGAGAAUUAAUCAAACAAUAAAAGGGGAGGGACUUGAGUGUCUUAUUCCUUUUUCUUACACAGUUCUUAAAUGCACAUAGUAGGUACUCAGCAAAUAUUACUUGAAUGAGUUGGUGAAGAAAACAAGCUGAUAUCAUAUAUUUGUUCAAAGAAUGCUACAAGGCUACAAGGUCAGCACACAUUGAACUUAGUCUUGUACUGUCUAUGUAAGGAGAAUAAAUAUUAAAAAUCAUGAUUCUAAUUGAGAUCAUUGGGGGCAUAAAUCACUUAUAAUGUCAUGGAAAGAACAAAUGGUUAUGGAGUUCAAAUCCCGGUCAUACUACUAACCUGUAAUUUUGGCCAAAUCUCUGGGACUCAGUUUUCUCAUCUGUAAUGAAAAGCUUGGAUGGAAUGGAAUAAUUUUUUUUUUGGUAUUGUUCUUUCCAGCUCUAAUUCUCUGAUCAUAUACAUUUCAGAGCUGAAAGGGGUUUGAGAAAUCCUAUUAUCCAAACUCCUCAUUUUACAGAGGAGGAAUCUUUGCUAAAAUGGGAAAAGAGAUCCUGAAGUUUUAGAAAGAUUUUUAACAGUAAAGGUCAAAACACACUAGUCUUUGACUUAGUUAUUCAAAAUAGCUAUUAGUACCCCUACCAUUCUGGUUUAUCAAUGUUUGACUCAAAUAAAUGUUAAGAAAUUAUUCAGAAAAUUGACAUCAAUGUUUGUUACCUUUCAACCCCUAAAAAAAUGGCCAUAAAAUGGUAGAACUAAAUGAGAGGAUCCAUAGCCUACAGAUUUUGAAGAGCAAUUUCUCUAAGAGGGAAGAGGAGAGAUCCUGGAAAUGUUUGAUUAUGUGAGUUUGAAACUUUAGUGACUGAAGGAAAGUGCUAAAGGAAUUUUUUCUAUUGGAUGACUAGGGUAAGGGGAGAAAGGGCUGGUGGGAAAUUUGUCCAUUGUCAGUUAACCAAAGCCAUGCCCAUUUUGUAUCCCUGCAGAAAUGUGAAAACUAUCCCUUAAAGGAAAGCAGUUUAGUCAACAACAGAUUUCCUUCUUUUGAGGGUUAACUAAUACUAUACCUUGUUCAACAAGAACAAAUGCUUUUUAAAAAUUUUUUUUAAAGUACAAAAUGGGUAUGAUAAAAUUAGUGAUUAAUUGUUAUCUUUAGGACAAAUUCCAGAAUAGUAGGCUUUGAGUUUGCAAGGGAACAUCAGAAUCCAUCAAACUUAAUUCCUUCUGAAGCAGGACUCCCCUUCACAGGGGAUGACCAGCCCAUCAGUAUCCAUUAAAGAGCACUGGAUUUGACAUCAGAGAAUUUGAGUUCAAAUUCAGGUUUUUUUACUUAGUAACUAAGUAGUUUUAUGCAAAUCACUUCCCUUCUCUGCACCUCAGUCUCCUAUAAAAUGAGGGUUGAAGCUAAUUCAGCCUCUAACCUAUGAUCUUCUGUUUGAAGACAUCUAGUGAUGGAGAGCUCACUACCUUUUAAGUCAUCAGCAGAGUUAGUCAUCAAGGGCACUGGACCAUUCUCCCCUCUCUGUUCUUGUGAUUGGCAGCCUUCUCCAGGCACACAAUUCAAAGUUUUAAUUGUUUUUAACCUAAUAUCUCUAGUUACAAAGAAAUCAAUAAACCUAUAUCCUUAAUCCCAUUCCUUUUAUUAUUAUGGUGCUGAUAACUCUAGCAUGUAACAGAUAUGAUGCCAACAUGGAAUCAUAGAAUGUUAGAGCUAGAAUGGACCUCAAGGAUCCUUUCAUCCAGGAGUUCUUAACAUAGGGUCCAUGACCUUCCUUGUGUGUGUUUUUUUUUUUUUUUAGUUGAUAACUGUAUUUCUAUAUAGUUAUUUUCUUUUAUAAUCCUAUGCAUUUUACUUUAUGUAUUUAAAAAUAGUAUUCUGAGGAGGAAUCCAAAGGCUUCACUAGACUGUUAAAAGGGUCUGUGACAGAAAAGAUUAAGAACUACUGCUCUAAUCCAAUCCUCUUGUUUUAUUGUUAAGGAAACUGAGGCUUGGAAGAAUGACUUACCAAAAGUCACACAUCUGGUUUUUGACAGAACCAGGAAUAUCCCCAAGUCUGCUGACUCCCAACCUAAUUUUUUUCUUUGUAAUCCAUUUUCAGUUGUGAACACUUUAAAGCGGGUGGCCCACUUAAAAAAAAAAAAAACACACUCAAAACUAUGCUAUGUUCAAUUGAGCCCACUUUAAAUGAGCCACCCCAUAAAAAAAAAGCACAUAUCUAUGGGAAUAUCACUUAAUGAGUGAUACCCAGUGUUCCCCUUAAUAUUUAAGAAUAAAAAAAAAAGUUUGAUUAGAAAAUAAGUUUAGGCAUUUUGCUUCAAAGUAAGUUAUUUAUUUGUAUAUUUUCAAUAAAUAUUGUUUUUAAUUUAUAUCUGUACAUAUUUAAAAUGCAAAUUAGGCUUCUUGUCAGAAUUUAGAAGGUGAUAUCACUUCCAUUGACACACACCCUCCCAAAUGUGGUCCACAUUUUGCCCUUUUACUAGCCAUCUUGGCAUCUUAAGGGCAGAAGUGAGCCCAGUGGGCUUUUUGGAGCCCUUAUGGAGGAUGAUCUAGGAAGAGUAAACUGGUUUUUCCUAGAUUUUAUCUUACACUGGCAUUGUCCUUCCCAACCAUGUUAAAAAAUGUUUCUUCAAAUCACAGACUGACUCACAUUUUUGGUUGAGCAGUGAAGCCCACACCUGACUGGUAAUAUUAGCAAUUAAAAAUCCACUCUUAGGAAAGGAGUCAGGUGUCCAACCUUAGCUGGCUGGUGACAUUGCCCUGCUCAACAACAUACUUGUUCUUUGAAACCCUAUACUAGAAAGACCCAUUUUCCUUCUUUUGACUCUAUAUUGGUGAGGAACCAUCUUUUUUAAGAUCAAACCUCAACUUUAUUUUUGGAUGUCAUGAUGUCAAGAAAAAUUCAAACAUAGCUGCUAUAUGGAGUGUUCAAUAGAAAAAUCCAAAGGGUUUCCUUUCAUCAUCAUCUACAUGGAGGGCUUAAAUUUAUCCAGAUACAGGGAACCCUAUUGCCAAAUCUGAGUUUUCCCUACCCCUGGAAAGCUAGGAAAAUGUCCCUGUAGCUGUAGGGUAGGAAAUAUGAUUGCUAAAUAAGAGAAAGGAAAUACCACAAGAGGUUUAUCUAGUUUAGUUUGACUACCUUGGGAGACAAUAGGCUUAAUCAAUUGACAAGCAUUUAUUAAUUAUCUUCUGUUCCAGGCACUGCCAAAAAUCAAAUAGCCCUUGUCUUCAAGAAGCUUACAUUCCAUCAGAUCAAGGAACAUUUCUUAAAAGCCUAGUGCUCUAGUCUGCUGGAAUGUCCUUCACAGAUGUGAGAGCCGUGGAAUAAACCCAUUCUUAGUAUUUUAUAAUGCCAUCUCUUCUUCAACCAGAAAAAUCCUUAUUCAAUCUGUAUUGUACAAAAUGAUUUCUGGAUGUUUCCCAAAAUAAAAUCCAUCCAUUAAUAAUGAGGACUUAAUGAGAAUAGUCCUUAUUCUUACAGUUUACAAAGAACAUUUCUUAGGAUAGCUUUUGAGUAUAACUAGGGCAAAUAUUAAUGCUUCUUCUCUACUGAUGAGGAAGUUGAGAGUGAGAAGGGUCUGCUCGAGGACAGAGCUGGUCAGACCUGGAACUUAGGUCAUCUGACUAUCAAGCACAUAUUCCAUAUGAUUUGGGAAAUUGUUUUGGAGAAGGAAAAAAAUGAGUUGCUAACUUCUAAAAGAGGAGUUGAGAAAGGUUCUAUGGUUAAUAAAUGGUUGAAAUUAAUAUAAGGCCUCCCUAGGACAGCAGUUGGAGAUGGUUGGCUUUCAUUUUUUUAAAGUCCAUCUCAGAUUAGCAGAAAAACCAUCUCCUGCUUUAUACUUUAUGGUAGAAGGUGUAAAUGGGACCUACUGGAGGUUGAUUACCUGGCAGUAUUUAGGCCAACCUAUCUACACAUGGUCAUGAUGAGAAACUCUAAAUUAAGAUGUUGACAUCAUUAGAGCAUAGUGAUUCAUGUCUGUUUUCAAUUCAAAAAUGAAGUUAUAGUCUCAGAAAGUUGGUUCACGUGACUCCAUAUUUAAUUUAUGUUCAUUUGGGAGCAAAUAAUUUAAUGAAAACAUGCACUUAAUAGCCAUUAAUUGUAAUAAGACAUCUAGGAGAAAUGUUUUCAUUAAAUUUCUAUUCUCUCAUGCACUGUCAGACAUGGUACCUCACCACUAAUAGACAAAAUUUUUUUGCUAUUUUAAAUUUGCUAGCUUUUAAAUAGCGUUUUCCUAUAUUUUCAGAUAUAGUUUAAGAUGGGUCUAUCAUCAUAUGGACUAUUUGCUGACAUCUAAUUUUUGAUUAAAAUGUUAGGUAUUUCCAAUUCAGGGCACAGUUUGGAGGAGUGACUUGAGCUUUGUUUAAGACCUUCUUGAAAGACUGUGUCCAUCCAGACUGUGAAAUAAACUUGCUGAUGUAUGUUGGGCAGAAUUCUUAUCUCCCAGUAAUAAAACUUGUCUGUUUGUAUUAGGAGAAUCCGUGUGAAAAAGAGGAAAUCCUUUUUUUAGCCAGGAAAGCUAUCUCUUUAAAAUAGGAAAUUGUCCUUGAGUAUAUAUAACUUUGAACACCUUUGCCUGAAAUAGUUACAGACCUGUACUUCUAAAACUAUUCACAUUUCUAUACACACAUGCCAUGAUGCUGUCAGGUAUGUUUUGAUCAUAGAAAAUAUUUUUUAAACAGGGAUCAUGAGACUAUAAUUUUGAGGGACCAAAGCUGGGGGAUAAUUUUUUUAAUUAGGAUAAUUGUGUGUCAACUUUUCUAACCAAGAAAGAGAUUAUUAACAUUUCAUUUAGCACCACUUUUUUCAUUUCUAGACACUUUCAAAAUUAAUUGACCAUACUUAUAUGUUGUAAAAUAAUGUUCUCAUAGUAAGAAUGUAAUUAUUUCCUUAUUGUAUUUUCUAAAAGCAAAAUCGUAUUUAAAAAUUCUCUGUAAAAGAAACAAGCAAGGAACAUAAAAAUAAUUUUUUGGUUUAUUUUUUUUUUUAUUGACUAUGUUGGCAGUGCCCAUGAUGAUUGACUGUAAAUAUAUUCUUUUAACUAUUUCUCAAUGUAUUUAAUUCAUGGAAAACAUGAAAAAAAACUUUGUUUUUUUAAAGUUUGAAAUGGAGGCCCCAUUGACAUUAUUUUCUAGUUGCUUCAUUUGAACUUUCUGCCUUUCUAUUUAAUUCUCCUAAUGUCUUAUGUGGUGUAGAUAUGGACUGGCGCCCCUUGGCGUGACACACCCAUGUGUAUUAUUAAUAAAAUUACCCUAUUUGAAUAA